CCACUCUGCACCACUCUGCACCACUCUGCACCACUCUGCACCACUCUGCACCACUCUGCACCACUCUGCACCACUCUGCACCAUUCUGCACCAUUCUGCACCACUUUGCACCAUUCUGUACCACCCUGCACCAUUCUGCACCACUCUGCGCCAUUGACUCAAACCUGAUGAUCCUUUGUCCACGGCGUUACAGUCUGGUAUUUGGCAGGCGAUGAUGGACUUGGCCGGCAUCGAGCCGAUGACGAUGAGAACACGAAAGAGACGCUUAAUAACAUUCCCGGUGGCUCGCGAUCAGGGCUACAUACUACAUAGAACAACUAUUAUAUUCACCGCCCAGUAACGUCCUCCGGCGCCUUGCACAUAUUGGUAUUGGCUUGAAAUGCAAAUAUGCUGAUCCUAACUGUAACACUCCAAAUGUUCUUAGCUCACUUGCUAUCAUCUCAAAAUUCAAGUCCAGGAUGUUUAAUCCAAUCAUCUCAAUCAUUUUUUCUCGCCGCACUCCGGGCAAAUUUGACCUUUGUCUGUAAUACCUGUGCCGUUCACGCACACCUGGCAACUAGAUUCAGGCAUCACGUUCAAUUUUUGAAAACUCUUAGCCUAGAGAAUCCGCAGAUAGUGAGGCGGUUGAGCGAGGCCGGAAGUUGGGCUGAAACCAGUCAGGGAAAGGGACUGCGUACGAUCCUGAUCUGAAACCAACGUAGCACGUGAGUCAGAAGCCGACUUUUACUGUCCACUGUUUCCAACAGCGAGCCACGGAUUGUUCGUGCCAACAGACGAAACAGGGCGUUAUUCUGAGCGACGCUUGGUAAUGCACGAGAUGGUUGUCGUGAAGGAUUAAUCUGUGAGAUUACGGGAGAUUUUAUACGUGGAUUGAAUGGGAAAACACACAUAA